UGUUAUCUUGAAGAAAAGAAAGCUUUGAUUUUUCCUUUUUUUUUUCUCUCUCUCUCUGCCUGUUCUACCUACCACCAUCACUCAUUUUUACAAUAUGUUUCUCGUGAACUAUUCCCACAAGCAUUCAUAAAAGAAAAAAAGAAAAAAGAAAAAGAUAUCUUGAAAGGGCAGGGGCAGUGGCAGUGGCAGUGGCAGUGGGUACCAAAUACUACCAAAGCAAAAUGCCAAAUAAAUGGUUAUAAAUAUAGUGAAGGUACUGCUCUCGUUCUCUAACCUCUGCAAAUCAUCCCACUGAGUAAAAUUAUAAACGACUUACAAGAAAACUCUAGCUUAGACAUUUCAAUCACCAUGUUUAGCUACUCUUUCGUUUCUAAUGUGCACCAGCACAUUGAUGGCGAAGACGAAGUCAUUAGCGUCUUCACCAUGUCUGAUAAGACUAUCAAAGAUCUGAUCUUUGCCACUCACGUCCAUUCUGACCAUAAAUCUUUUGAUGAGGACUCUCUUUUCUUAGUCGUAGAAAACGUUGUUAUGCGUUCUUCCCAAAUUAUAGACGAGAUUAUACAGGGAGUUACUGUUCAUGUCGACAAUAUUGAGGAAUUCACCGAAGCUAAACUCAGUGUUCCCUUAUGCACGCUCAAGGCCAUUAAUAAAGAGCUUUCAUUCAAGGCUCCGAACGAGCAAACUGCGCACAAAACAACAAUGGCGAUUCUGGGAAAGUUGUCGAACUAUUCAUGGGAAGCAAAGGCUGUUUUGGCACUUGCGGCAUUCGCUUUUGAGUUUGGGGAUCUCUGGCUCAUGGCUCAGCUUUACCAUUCGGACCCUUUGGCCCAACAUUUGGCUGUCCUAAAACGAGUGCCUGCUCUCAUCAAAACCACUUCUGAACUCCAAAAACGCCGGCAAGCAGUUUUCGAGCUCAGCAGCCUCAUCAUGGUGGCCAUGCGAGUCAUCGCAAUCUUUGACGAGUUCGAGAGACUCACUGCUGGUUAUGAUGUUAAAGGCAUUCCUGGGUUGUCAUCUGCCUUGGACCAUAUGCCAGUAGAUGUCUAUUGGGCUAUUCUAACUAUUGCAGCUUGUGCUACCAAGCUCAGUAUCCUCACCAGUGAUGAUCCGGAUCAAGAUCAUGAUUUGUCCCCAUAUGCUCAAAAAAUCAGCUACAUUCUCAAUCGCCUCACUAUGCAGCUGAAUGUGAUCAGAAGACAACUGGGUAAACGGGUUCUUCUAUAAUCACUCACAAGUGACAACUUUUCUUCAUUUCCUUUGUUUUGUUUUUCCUACUGGUGUGUGUUUGUAUAUGCAGCUGAGGCAGAGUCUUACCAGAGACCUUGCAACCGUAUCUGUGCUCGACCUGUUAUUAAUGUAGUACUAUCUUUAUUUA